AUGACACACUUAUUCCUAGCCGACAAAGACGUACCCAUCUACCCAAGAACACAUAUGGAUGCAAUUCAAAGGCAACUCGAUAUCGCCUGUCAAAUUGACAGUGAGCAGAAGGCCUUCUUGUUGGAUAACAUUGACGCAUGCAUCGAUGCUAUAUACACCAAAAGCGUGCAGACCUGGUGGAACGAUUUUUUGCCACGCUACAUUGUGCAGUUCCCAGACAUGGUGCUGGAUGAACAAUCCUCAGGCAGUCGCUUGCACCGUUGGAGCAUUGAGUCCCUGCAGCAGCGACUGUCCCAGUGGACGGAUACCCAUGGAUGCAGUGAGGCAAAGGUUGGGUAUGCUUAUGAUAAGAGGGCCAACGUUACUCUCAGGACCAUCCGUGAGGUCGCCGGUGCUUUCAGCGAUGAACUCUCCGUCAGGCCAGUGUUACGAUUUAUUCAUUUUUCUUUGUUUUACUCAGCGUGA